AUGCCGAUAAUAAUUGUACAUGUUGUGUUUAAUUAUAAAACAAUUUUUGAGUGGGAAGGACUUCCUGUUAAUAAGGAUAUGGAUAUAGAAGAGUUUUUUAAAAAUGUAGUAGUUUAUAAAUUAAAGCCAGAACUAUGGGAAAAAAAUUGGGUAGCAUAUUUUAGUCAUACAAAAAUGGGUGAAACAGAAAAAAUUGGAUUGAAUUCUAUGAAUACAGUCAAUGCAUUUGAAUUAAUGAGAUCUGCAUCAAUGUUUAAUUAUCUUUCAGAGUUUAAAUUACCAGCAAAAAAUUCUUGGGAGCAAUUACGAAUAGAUUUAACUGAAUUGAUUAGAAAACCUUUAUUACUUUAUGCAAAUAAUCUUAUAAAAUAUGCUGAAUAUUUAAUUAAUCAAAGAGUUAUAACUGCAAAAAAUCAAAGUUCAUUAAUACCUGUAGUUAAUGAAGGGAAAACAGGAUAUAUAGAAAUUUUUAAUGAAAAUACAUGGCGAAAACCUGAAAUAGUUAAAGAAUUUCACAUUCUUACAAAGACUUUACAAGAAUUAGAAUAUUGGAAGCCUAUUAAUAUUAACCAAUUCUGUCCAGAAUCACGAAAGCAAAGAUCUAGAUUUAUUGAAAAAUUAAUGGUAGCAUUUCCAUUUAAAAUUGGAAAAUAUACAUAUCAUCAUGGAAAUAUACAAAAUUCAGUUUAUGUUUGA